AAAACUGUAAUCAGAGAAGGGUAUUGUCUUCUCCAUUGAUACGUAACAAUACCAAAUAUAAAGUUCACAGUCACAGGUGUAUUAAAUUCUAUCAACAAAAUGCCGACUUACAAAUUGUACUAUUUCCCUGUUCGAGGAAGAGCUGAACUAAGUCGAUUACUGUUAGCUGUAGCAGGGAAGGACUAUGAAGAUAUAAGGAUUUCUUUUGAAGAAUGGCCAAAGAAAAAAUCAACAAUACCAACUGGACAGAUGCCAACUUUAGAUGUUGAUGGUCAACUGUUAUGUCAGAGUUUAACCAUUGCCAGAUAUUUAGCUAGAGAAUAUGGAUAUGCAGGCAAAAGUAACAUGGAGCAAGCCUUGGUUGACCAGGUGGUAGAUACAACGAGUGAUUACUUAGGGGAAUACUUUAAGUGUUAUUUUGCUCCAGAGGAAACAAAGAAGGAUGCAAUAGAGAAAUAUUUAAAGGAAUCUACACCUAAAACAUUGGCCUGUUUUAACAAAUGGCUCGAACAAAAUGAUGGUGGAAAUGGUUUCUUUGUAGGUUCGUCGAUGACCAUGGCAGAUCUUGCUGUUUAUGAAGUUCUAACAAAUGUUGUUCUUAGAGACUCAAAAAUAUUGGAUGGAUUUCCAAAGCUUGUUGAACAUAGAAAAAGAGUUGCAGCUUUGCCAAAGAUAAAGGAAUAUCUAGAAAAACGUCCCAAGACGGAUGUUUAAUCAAAUAACAAUAUAUAACUCCUUUAACUAUUUUGAUAAAUAUGUUUCUGAAAAUGUGUGAUUUUUGGGAUGACAAAAGACCCUUAAAGUGAUGGUUGUUUAAAAUGAUAUUGGCAUAUAUACUGAUGUCCAAUAGUUUUUAUAACAAGUCAUAACACUUGUGUGCUAGAGUGAUUGAAUUUGGAUGUAUUUUUUGUGCAUUAUAACGCUAUUUAUUAUAUUCUGACAAGAUUAUAUAACCAAAACAAGUUAUACACUAUAAACAUAUUAA